ACAACCUCAGAUUCAGACACAGAAGUGAUUAAAUAUGGACCAGUACCAUCUCAGCGAUGACAGCUCACUCCAUUCUGAAAUGCAGCUCCCUGAGUUUUCUGGGAAUCAGGCUUUGGACUGUGGUGAUACAUUCAGCCAUGAUCUUUGUCCAGAUAUGAGAGACAUGAUUUAUUCUGGACUGAGCAAUCUGGAUGUGGAUCCCAGCCUUUCGGCCACAAAUAUGAACAGUGAUUCGUUGGAAGACAACCUGGACACGUUGUCUUUGUACUCAGUGAAGGACUGUGAUUCUGCUAAACUCCUUGAGGAUUGCGAUACAGACUCACGACCACUUUUGCAUGAAUUGGGGCUUCCUGCCCCUUCAGCACCUAAAGAAGUGGAGCAAGGAGGCAGAUCCGGUUCUGGCAGUGGAAAGAAAGGAAGACCCCAGCAAAACUCACUCCAAGCCCCUUUCUUGGAUUGCAGCCUCUGCGGGAAGGUUUUCAGUAGCACCAGCUCUCUCAGUAAACACUAUGUGACGCAUAGCCAGGAACGGAAGCAUGUCUGUAAGAUCUGCAGCAAGGCUUUUAAGCGACAGGACCACUUGAGUGGUCAUAUGCUGACACACCAAAAAACAAAGCCAUUCAUUUGCAUAGAACAAGGUUGCAAUAAGAGCUACUCAGACCAUCGAUCGCUGCGCCGGCAUUACGAAAUGCAUCAUGGCUUGAGGUUGUUGAAGGAUGAUGACGCGUUUGAGGGCAUGCCACCUUCACAUGAUUCACAUGCCCAGAUGGGACACAGCAGUUUGAGAACUGCAGAAAGUCUGGCUGUUCAUCCAGAAUCACAAGCACCCAAUAAUUCCGUCCUGCCCAACAGAGACCUGCUGAGAUGUAUUGUUAGCAGCUUAGUCAGCCCGAAGCUUCCGUCCGCUCCUUCGCCAUCUACGGGACAGAAUGAAACUGACUCCAGGGGACCCUUACAACCUUGCACCUCUGUCUGUGGUCAGAUUCCACGUGUUCCCACAAGCACUACUGCACUCAAAGAAACCACUGGUGAUAAAGUGAUGAAGGAAAUUUAUCCUUGCCAAAAGAAUACGCCUUCUUCCAGCAUGUACACUAUAAUCAAUCCUGGGAAUUUAUCUAUACUUGGGCCAUCAGAAAGCAUUGCAAAUUUGCCAGACAGGCAGUCCCAUUCAGAACAUCAGUUCCCUUUAGAAAGCAGAGCCUUGGAGUACUGGUCGAACAGUGGUGUGCCUCGUUUUCCAUUAUUCAGAGGCCAGAAGAUUCCUACUACUGCUCAUCAGCCAAGUGGCAGCUUCCAGUGGGUCAGAAAUGUACCCCCAGUUGGCACCAAAAACAAGGGAAAUGGUGUUUAUGUUGCUCAGCUGUCAUCUGCAGGUCAAGAUGUUACUCAAGGGAUAGUGGGACCAUCCCAUGGGUUUGACGCAGUGACACCCAGCUUUGAAUGUCCAGAUGUUUUAUCAUUCACCCCAACUCUUUUAAAGACCCAAGGGGAAAUUUCUGGAGAGCCCACACUCGGUGGCUUUGAAGAGACAUUUAGUCCAGCAGCAAGACUUCCAGAUGCCCCAAAGCAUAGCCUACUUCAGAAGGGCGAGGCUAGACCACUGUUCAGGCAGCUCUUUAUGAAAUCCCAGGAAUCCACUUUGAAUCAGGAUCAGCUACAAGUCCAGAGUCAUCUUUUCCAGAGGAUCACCAAAUCUCAACACAUUGUGUCCCACACCCAGGUGUUAGCGCCAUCGCAGCUGGCAGCUGUAGAGGCAGAACAAGUGGUAGCAAAAUCACUUCCCAGUGUGUUUCAGCAGCAAGCAGAUUUGAUUCACCCAGUCCUAGAACCAGUGGAAAGUGAAGGGCUUUCUCUGCCUCUGAAAAAGGCUUUGACUCAGUUUCAAAGAGACUUUUCACCUGAUACUGAGAAAGAAGGGUAUCAGCUGCCUCUGCAGUCCUUUCAGUCAUCUACCAUACCCUCUGUAACCACAAACAGUAUUUCUCACGCUAAGCACCCCGGGUCUUUAAAAGGAUGCCUAGAGUUUAAAGACUUUUCCAGCCCUAACCAGUCAGCAUUGUAUGAAAACACCCCAGGAAACCACACUUAUGGGAAGCCAAGGGAAUUGGAAAAUGGUUCUCCUUUGCCAAGGAAGAAAGAGAAGAGCAAGACUUGCACUAAAGAAUCCGGCAGCAAAGGGCAUUCUCGCAGCGGUAGACCCCGCCGGAAGGAGAAACCAAAGUUUGAUAUAACUUCCAUGGCUUCUCCCAGUCAAGUAGCCAUGGCUUCGUUUUCCUUGCCCAGUACCUCAUUUGAUAGUGUGUCCAGAGUGAAGCCCAAGCUGACUAUUUUCAACAGAAUUCAGGGUGGAAAUAUCUACAGCUUUACUAAUGCAGUGAAGGAGGAAUACUUUUCCCCUGAAUGUAGUAAGGCUGGGGGAGGUCCUGGAGAGAGGAAUGAGCAAGGAAGCAGUUUUGUCUGUGCGACCUGCAAUCAGCUGUUUUAUACCGAACGGGGCCUGAGCAGUCAUAUGUGUUUCUAUGGUGAGCAGUGGCAGUCUCCAUCAGGGAAGGAAAAGCAGCAGGUCAGUGAGAAGGAAGGCCAGGAUGAUAAAGAUCUUCAGGAAGGCAUGCCACCGAAGAAGAAAAAGAGGCGAGCCCGUCCAAAAUCUCUCUUCAUCCCACCUCCUCUACCUGUUUGCAGUGAGAUUCAACCUGGUACUGGAGGAUGCUACCAGAGUAACCUGCGCUCACCUGUCUUCCUCAUGGACCACCUUCUUCAAGGCUUAGUCCAGUGCUCCCCUUACACACCACCCCCAAUGCUCAGUCCCAUUCGUGAGGGCUCAGGGCUCUAUUUCAACACUCUCUGCUCUACGUCUACAAAUACCGCUUCCGCAAAGAUGUAUACCUCUGUUUUAGAUGGAAUGGAUGGAGCCCUUUUAUUCUCUCUCGUGAAAGAUACUACCAAAAUUAACAUAGAACCGCAUAUUAACAUUGGAAGUCGAUUCCAGGCAGAAAUACCUGAUCUCCAAGACAGAUCAGCUAUAGAGAACUAUGAGCAUCCAGCCUCACUAGUCUGGAAGCCGUGGGGAGAUAUUGUAACCAACAGGGAAACACAGAAAAGAGUAACAGAUCUGCUAAAGUUGGCCUGCUCCAGUGCGAUGCCAGGUGGAGGGACCAAUCUAGAACUAGCUGUACAUUGCCUGCAUGAAGCCCAAGGCAACAUUUUGGAAGCACUGGAGAUGAUGUUGCUCCAAGGACCACAGAAACCUUCUGGUCAUCCCCUUGCUAACUAUCAUUACUCAGGUUCACAUCUGUGGACUCCUGCUGAGAAGCAGUUGUUUAAGAAAGCUUUUGGCUUGCACAAAAAGGACUUUUACCUCAUACAGAAGAAGAUACAAACUAAGACUGUUUCUCAGUGUGUUGAAUACUACUAUAGCUGGAAAAAAAUAUUAAAGUUUGACUGCAAUCGAGCACAAGUGGUAGAAAAGAGACCCAAGAUUGAGCAGGAUGAGAUAGAAUUGGAUGAAGAAAAGAUUGUAUGCAGCCCAAAGAAAAGGCACUGCCACCUGCCUAAACAGGAGAAUAAGCUGAAACCAAGGAAUUACAAAAAAGCAGUACAGAGUGCCUUCAGUCCAACCAGCAGCCAGAAGGAAGUUCUAGAUAGGCCCAAAAGCACAGGCAGUCAGGGUGUGUUCCCAUGUAAAGAGUGUGCAAGAGUGUUUGACAAGAUAAAAAGUCGGAACGCUCACAUGAAACGCCAUCGCCUACAGGAGCAGAUGGAACCAAUGAUAAAGAUUAAGUGGCCCAUAAAGCAUCUGAAAAAUGAACCAAAGAAGGAAGAAAAAACCUUGGACAUGGAUUUCCUCCAGUGGUAACUGGGAAGGAACAGUUUCAGGGUAAGAAUGCUGUUAAACUACUGCAUGCCAGGAAAAAAAAAAUCAGGAUAAUACUGGGGUUCUUCUAAAAAUUAUGUUUAAAUUAAUACUGCAAAUAGAUAACUAUUCCUAGCUUUGACUUACCUGGGUUUGAGUUAGCAGUGGAAAAAUGCACUGUAGAUGCGUACAUCUGAAAGGAUCGUUCAUCCAUCACUACAGUAUUGAAGGUCAGGAGUUGACAGUAUGGAUGACACAGUGAUGCCGUUAAGGAAGUAACCCAGUAAUCUUUGAUCCUCCAUUAUAAAUAGUGAAAUUCAUCAUAUAAUUUGACACGAUCAUGCUCUGAGCUUCUGCAUUAACUCUAGGGAAAGCUGAUAAGGUAGAAAGGAGGUAGGGAAACUCACUGUGAUGACAUCAUGUUGCACAGUGGGAUUCAUAAAAUUAGAAGCAAUAAGGGGAAAGUGAGAUGAUAAAACUACUGUUGAUGCCAACUGCUCUGUUGCAUAAAUUCUAAUUAUUAUAUCCGUUUCAAGAAGUGCUAACCAUAUUGCUUGCAAUAGAAAGAAAAAAUAAUACAGCGGCUUAAAGACUAAUUUAUUCUGAUAUCAGCUUUGACCAUUUGUAUUAGGUAUUUUGGGGAGCUUCUGUGCCAGUACAGAUUAAACUUUUAAAAACUCAGUAUUAUAUAGCAUUGGAUAACUCAUGCUUUAUCAUAAGUGACUUAUGAAUUAAGACUGCAUUAAAUUUUAGAUAGAUAUAAUUGGAAGGAUAUUUAUUAAGCAUGUGCAAAAUCUACUGAUCUGGCUGUUUUAAGGAUAGUCUGGUGGUUUCUGGAACUUAAUCCUCCAAACUAGAAGGGUUUUGUGGCAUUCAGUACAAAACAGGCUGAUUUAGAGGAUUAACUUCCAGAUCUGAAGGUUUAACUUAACAACUAAUUUAAUGGUUCAUUUAGCUUAUAAAUGACAUCCUCUGCCUAUCAUAUUUAGUUGCACAUUUUGUUAAGUUCAAAUGUUAUGAUACUCUAAUUCUCUCUUUUUCCCUUCUAUCCCUCCCCAACUGUGUCUUCUAGGAUUCUGUUAUUACUAUUUUUUUUUUUGGAGGAGGAUGAAGUAGACCAAUCAAUGAAAAAUCACCAUUAUAUUUAGUAUCUUUUCUGUGAUCGAUAUUAUACAACUGCUUUUUGAUUCACUCUGUAGUACUGAAGUGAUCUGUGUUAUUGUUAUUUUGUAUGCACUCAGUGUUGCUUAUUAAAUUGGGUUCUGCAGCCAAAACUGUAA